GUUUCGUAAUGAAGUGAAAAUUUCUAACCAAAUCAAAAUUCUGUCAGUGCUAAUAAUUUUCACGUUUUAAGUUUCAAUAUUUCUUCGAGAACUUCCAAUUCGAUGUUAAUUCCUCGCAGUUGAUGUAUUUAGUGUAUGGCUCCAGAAAAAAUCUCCUAAUGCAGUAUUAUAAGUGUUCCUUUCGGUGCUGGAAUUCAAGUUUCAAUAUAUUAGUGUCAAUGAUUAUACCAACAUAAAUGUAAAUACUUGUAUUAUGUAGUUGAUACGAAUUUAUUCGAAUAAUUAUAAGUUCCACAAACGUAAUGGGUAGUUGUUGGUGUAAAGAGAAGAAUGAAGAAAACGAUUCGUAUUUGCCACCGCAAUCACCAAACGGUCUUCAAAUUCACAACGUUAUUCAACCUGUCUCGCCUGUUAGUACCCAGUAUUCUUUUAAACUAUCGAAGGUUCCCGAUGCGACCUACGUCGAUAAGCUAGUACUGGAAACAUUAGGCGUUAUUGCUUCCUUAGUCGACAAUGAACAGGAACCCCCCAGUUCUAUGCAACUUUUACAUAACAUAGCAGACAAUGAAGAUGGCUGGAUUCAAGUAGUCAAUUCAAUGAUUAAUGUUAUUCCAAUGGAGGAUCCUCUAGGACCUUCCGUAAUAACUUUGUUAUUAGAUGAUUGUCCUUUACCUUCAAAGGAAUCAGUGUGCAAAGUUGUUAGUAUGCUUAAUUUAUCGGAAGAAGCCGCAGUAUUAGGUCAGCUGGAUCCCCCGAAACAAAGAAAUAUUUGCGUAGUGUUGGGUUGCAUAGCGGAAAAAUUGGCCGGACCGAGGAACAUGGAAAUAUUGAACGACGAUAUUAUUGAUUAUUUAUUAAUGAAUUUGGAUCCUUCGACUGAUCCCAGCGUGGUCUUGUUUUCCUUGAUAGCGUUAGAAAAAUUCGCCCAAACCAGCAGUAAUAAAAUUACCAUAACGAAUAAAAUAAAAAAACUGCCGAUCUCUCCUGUCGCCUUGCUGGAAUCCUGGAAGGAAGAGAAACGCUACAUACAAAGACAAGUCGGCUUCUGCGCCCAAUGGAUACUCGACAAUUUAUUUGUGAUGGAAAAUCGCGAGUACAGCUACAAAACCAUCGACAUGUCCACGAUAAACGCCAUGUUAAACACGUCGGAUGUCAGCGAAUAUUUGAAAAUAUCGCCCGACGGUUUGGAAGCCAGAUGCGAUGCGUAUUCAUUCGAAAGCGUCCGGUGCACCGCCCAGGCCGAUAAAGGCGCCUGGUACUACGAAGUGUUGAUCAUAACGCCCGGCGUAAUGCAGAUCGGUUGGGCGACCAAAAACAGCAAUUUUUUAAACCACGAAGGUUACGGUAUAGGCGACGACAGGUAUUCGUUAGCGUACGACGGUUGCAGGAAAUUGAUAUGGUACAACGCAAAGUCCGAUCCGCAAAAUUUGCCCAGAUGGAAAUCUGGCGAUAUCUUAGGUUGUUUGUUAGAUUUAGAUAAUCAAGAAAUCGUUUUCUCCUUGAAUGGCUGUAGUUUACCACCAUGUAUGCACGUGUUCACUAUGGCAAAAUCAGGUUUCUUUGCCGCAGCCAGUUUCAUGUCAUUCCAACAAUGUCGAUUCAAUUUUGGUGCUGAACCGUUCGUAUUCCCCCCAAAUGUGGCCUAUUCCACGUUCAAUGACUGCGGUAAUUUGACUGCCGAAGAGAAAAUCGUUCUGCCUAGGCAUAUAUUCCUUAAUCAACUUCGAGAACAGAACAUCGGAGAGGAUAGUUGUACGUUGUGUUACGAUCAGAAGGCAACUAUACGAUUGCUGCCUUGCGAACAUUCGGGAUUUUGUGUCACUUGUGCCAAGCAAUUAGUGGAAUGUCCGAUGUGCAGGUCGCCGUUUCGCGAGAUCGAAGAGCAUUAUCCACCAUCAUGACACACGAGGUGUCAAAUCCUAUAAGAGUAUGAAUAUUUAUCUGUUAUAAAAUAACGAUUUGUACAAAUUUGCUGCAUCAUAUGCAAAUAACGGGUUUGUAUUUUAUUAUUAAAAAAAGGAACUAUUUAUUUUAAAUAUUUUUAUUAUGUACUAUUUUAUAACUUUGUUUUGAAAUUUGUGAAUAGGAAGUUUAUUUGAUUAUGGUUAGGAGAAAAGAAAUUGAAUGGAUGUAUAUUUAAUUAUUGGAGGUGCGAGGCGUGUGUAUUUUAAAUUUAAACGCGAAUGAAUGGCAACAGCUGCGCAUAUGUAUAUUUUCUUUAUAAAAACUAUGGAAAUUGUUUUUUCUUUAUUAUUACGAAUCUUAAAUAUAUUUUAAUGUUAU